AUGACCUCGAGAAAUGCAUCUACAAUAACUGUUUCUUCAUCGUCAAUCAAGUUAAAUCCAGGAUGUCAUAAAUUAAAAAGGAAGUUGGAAAAUUUAUCUCCUAUUCCAUUUAUUGACUUGACAACAGAUGUAGAAAAUAUGCAUGAAGUCAUUACUGAAAACCAAAUAAUUGGUAUUUCCAAAGAAUAUUUGGAUCAUGGUGAUCAAAUUGUGGUAUGUCAAACAUGUCAUGCAAAAUUAUGGAAAAAUGAAUUCAUUAGAGGAAAAGAAAGAGGAAACACAGAUUAUUCAUUAUGUUGUGGUUAUGGCAAUGUUCAACUUCCAUAUUUAAAGAACGCACCACCAACUUAUGAAAGAAUGUUUCGAGGAACGGAUUCUAAAAGCAAAAAAUUUAUGAAAAACAUUCGACGUUACAGUUCAAUGUUUUCUUUUACGUCGAUGGGUGGUAAAAUUGAUUCUUCAAUCAAUAGAGGAAAUGCUCCAUACAUUUUCAGACUUGGUGGUCAAAAUUAUCAUAGUAUUGGAAGCCUUUUACCACCAGAUGGAUCGCAACCAAAAUUCUCUCAGUUAUACAUUUAUGAUACGGACAACGAAAAUUCAAAUAGACAGAGAUGUUUUGGUGGGGAAAAGCAUCAAUCUACAUUAAUCGAUAAUGAUAUUAUUGAAGAUUUGAAGUUGAUAAGAGAUCGAGAUGGAAGGACAUAUAACCUACCAACUGCUUCUGAGGUUGCCGCUUUAAUUAUAGGUGACAUUUCUGAUUCAGUUGAAAAUAGAGAUAUCGUUGUUGAAACUAAGUCGGGAUUUCUACAGCGUAUCGGUGAAUUUCAUCCUUCUUACCUUCCUCUCCAAUAUCCGCUACUAUUUCCAUAUGGAGAUGAUGGUUACAGCGUUGAUAUUCUUCAUAGAGGGUUCUUCUAUAACGUAUUUAUUUUAUACAUAAACAAUGGACCUGAUAGAGCUACAGUUGGCAUUGUACGAAGCAAUAACGAGUGUGAUACUAAUGAUGCGGUUGAUGAAAUAAAUGAGUACUACGACUGUAGAUAUUUAUCUGCAUGUGAAGCAUCAUGGCGAAUUUUUAAAUAUGAUGUUCAUUACAGGUAUCCUUCUGUGGUUAGACUGCCUUUUCAUCUUCCUGGUCAACAACAAAUUAUAUAUGGGGAAGACGAUGAUAUUGACGAUGUUCUGGACAAACCUUCUGUUGCUUCUUCAAUGUUCACAACUUGGAUGGAGUGUAAUGCAUUUAAUGCUGAUGCACGGAAACUUACGUAUGUUGAAUUUCCUACAAAGUUUGUUUGA